AUGCAACUAAUUUCGUCGAAGUUCAGCAGCAUCGUGGGAUUCGAGUUCAAGUUCAUCCCUCCGCGUGCUCCCCACUUUGGCGGCUUGUGGGAGGCCGCAGUGAAGUCCAUGAAGAGCCUAAUGAUGAAAAACUUGGGCAACACUGGGCUAACGUACGAGGAGCUUCAAACGAUUGCAAUCGAGUCGGAGGCAAUCUUGAACUCAAGACCAAUGGCACCCCUUUCCGAAGACCCAAACGAUGGAGAGGCGCUUAGCCCAGCGCACUUGCUGAUUGGGUCCUCUUUGAUGUCCGUACCGGAGCCUUCAAUUGACGAGAGCAGACCAUCUUAUCUUACGCGGUGGCAGCGCGUAACGUAUUUGAAGCAGCAGUUCUGGGAGCUAUGGAGGCGUGAUUAUUUACACACGCUUCAGGAGCGCUCCAAAUGGCUCAAACCCCACGCCAACAUUCGAAUUGGCCAAAUGGUGAUAGUUCACGAGGAUAAUACACCUCCCCAGGAAUGGAUCCUUGGUCGCAUCACCAACACGCAUGUCGGAGCUGAUGGACGAGUACGAGUGGCCGAGAUCAAGGUGAAAAAUGGAACCAUUCGAAGACCCAUCUGUAAGAUAGCGCCCCUGCCUGAGCAAACUGGUGCUUGA